AUGGUGGAUGUCUUCCUGAGUUUCUUCCGCAGUUCGUUACCGGACGAACUCGCUGCAGUGCUCGAGACCACUAUCAAGGCAACGGAAUCCGGAGACUUCCUGAAGAUACUUCAACUACAGGAAUCCCAACUCCUGUUAGGCCAUCAAGACAAUGAGGCCACCAAGGAUGUCAAAAGAAGCGAUUUCAGUCUUUGGAGCGACUACGUCUUUCAUCGCCUUGGACUGCUCCUGUCAAAACGGAACGAUGAGGACUCAGCUGCGAUACAAGAAACGGCAGCAUAUCGGCAGAAUGUCUACUUUCUGAUUGCAGUCGCGGCAUUCCACGCAUUCCUCCAGUCGAAUGUUACUGGGCCACCGCUACUUUUCAAGUCUGCCGAAACACUGCUAUCCAAAGACGUUGCGGACAAUGCCAAAGCCCUCAGCAAAGCACGUGCAGGACUGGUUGCAUCGCUGAGUGCCGAUGGUGUUGCGGCAUACAAGCUCACACCGAAUAUCGAGCUGCUAUGCCUGGCGCAGACUAUUCUCAUCAGUCCGCCUGUCCAAAAGAACAUCCCGGUCUCGGCGUGGGCGCGUCUCAGAGUCAACUUCGUGCAUCAGAGGCUGCUCAGUGAACCAGCACCAAGUCUACAGGAUGCUAUCUAUGAUGAGUUGAAGAUCGUAGAGGACCUGAUCCGAAACUCAGAGAAGAGUGGAAAGAUUAACGACUUGUAUACGAGCUUCCUUCUGGAACGGGCGGCAAUCCAUACGCAUCAUGGUCUGGACAAGAAAGCCAAGGCGGACCUUGAUCAGGCAACAUCGGAACGCAAAUUCGAGUUUGCAUUGACCGGACUCAUGGGCAAGCGGACGAAGUUCCAACAGAAGGAUACCAGUCAGCUCAUUGUACUCGCCCGGAGCGCCGGAUCGGAGACCAACGGCACAUCUGAUGAGAGCUCGAAACCAAAGGCUUUGGAUCUGAACGAUGAUACCUUGCUAGAGUCUAUUUCCUUUACCAACAAUACUGCGUCCAUGGAGAUCAAGGAUGAGUCUUCUCUACCAGCAUCUCUUACGUCCAUGGACCCAUCAAACCAACCACUGCUUGAUCCGCUGGAUUCUGUUAUUAUGCUUUCGCUGGCUGAGAGUAUCAAAAACACUAAUCCUGCAGACGGUCUUACAAGAGAACAGACCGAGCCGUAUGCUACACGCGUGCUAGAGGGCGGGAGCUCCAACUGGCAGGUCUAUACACAAGCUCUCCUUGUGCGGAGUCGCAUCGAAGGAUACAAGUCGCGGACCAUGGAGCGUGGAUUGUUGCAACUGCAAGCACUCGUCGAUCAGGUCAUUGCAGAGACCUCGGGUGAUGCUACUACCGAUGCUGAUACGGGUGAGAAGAUUACAUCGUUCCUUCCCCAAGCAAAAGAAAGUGAGGCGGCGUCGGUUGAGGAGCGUCUUCGCUACAUCUUCCCGCUUUGCUCACCCUCUCGUUGGGAGCUUGAGUCUGAGCUCGCUGCUCGAUGGGUCGCUCUUGGAGGUUUGAGAUCUGCGCUUGAGAUCUACGAGAGACUGGAGAUGUGGGCCGAAGCGGCAUUGUGCUAUGCAGCCACGGAGAAAGAAGACAGAGCGCGGAGGAUGAUCCGACGACAGCUAUUCCACGCCACCAACGGUGACGACGAGAAUGUGGAUGUGGACGAGGAGAAGUGGGAGGGCGCUGAACGCGAUCCACCGCUAUCCGAAGCACCGCGUUACUACUGCAUCCUGGGUGAUAUCGACAACGACUUAUCCAUGUACGAAAAGGCUUGGAAGGUCUCUGGUGAACGUUAUGCACGCGCUCAACGCUCUCUCGGUCAACGCUACAUCACAGCACGCAACUACGAGAAAGCCGCCGAAGCCUACUCACUCUCACUAAAGAUUAAUUCGCUCUACCAUCCCGCGUGGUUCGCGCUCGGAUGCGCAUACCUCGAACUCCUCCAAUUCAAGAACGCCGUGGAAGCAUUUUCCCGCUGCGUUCAACUCGACGACCAAGACGCAGAAGCAUGGAGCAACCUUGCCGCCUCCCUUCUCCACCUCAAACCCAAGAUCCAAGAAACCGAAGACGGCGAAUUGCAAGAAACGAGAGUGACAAACCACCCCCGUACAGAUGCCCUCAAGGCGUUCAAACGCGCCGCCACGAUCAAGCACGACAACUACCGCAUUUGGAACAACGUCCUCGCCGUCAGCGCCUCCACGAACCCCCCAUCCUGGUCCGACGUCGUAACAGCCCAGCGCCGCAUCUGCGAACUGCGCGGCUCCACCGAAGGCGAAAAGUGCGUCGACGCAGAAGUCAUCGACAUGCUCGUCAAACACGUCGUCUCUGCCGAAGAAGACUUUGAUAUCUCGCGUCCUGGUCUUCCUCGCCUCGUAAACGACCUCGUGGAGAAACAUAUCAAACCCCUCAUCACCGUAUCGCCCAAAUUAUGGAUCAUACUAGCAACACUAUACACGCACACCAAGCGGCCCAGUUCGGCGCUCGAGUGCCACGAGAAGGCAUGGAGAGCAGUGACGAGUCAGCCAAAAUGGGAGUCUGGCACCGAAGUAGAGUGGGAUGCUGUUGUUGAGAUGACGAUGGAUCUUUUGGAUGCGUAUGAGACUCUAGGACCGCGUGAGCGGACCGAGGGUCUGGCAGCUGGGAGUGGGGAGUUGGUAGCCAAGGAUUGGAAGUUCAAGUCAAGGAGUGCGGUGAGGAGUGUUAUGGGUAAAGGGAAAGAGAAUUGGGAGGAUAGUGCUGGGUGGGAGAAGUUGGUUGAGAGGUUGGAAGAGUUGAAGGGGAGGGACUAG